UUGCUGGUGAAUUCAGCCAUACGAUCAGCUCCUCUCACAAGGCCCCUUCGAAGAGCAUUCAAUACACCCAUCGCAUGGAAGAGUUUGUCUCGAGCUGGAGGACAAAUCUGUAUGGAGUCAAUGAAAUGGGAAUGGAUGACAAGGUGGAUGACAAAGAUGAGGACAGCUGCAGUCCAUACCCAGUAAUAAACCAAGUUAGCCUGGUGCCUCUUGGCAGUGAAAUCAAGGCCAGGAUGCAACAUUGGGUGGAGGACAGAACAGAGACUGCUAUGCCAUUGCCAUUGUGGACUGGUUUGCUGAUCGUAGCUGUACUGGCUGUGGUGGGAGUGACUCUCAUAGGCGUUGUUGUGUUUUUGUUCUACAGAAGAUACAAACAGUACAAGGAGGAACAGCCUCAUUAUCGCUUCAGGAAAAGAGACAAAGUUAUGUUUUAUGGCAGAAAGAUCAUGAGAAAGGUGCAGACCUUGUCCUCUACCUCAACCCCUAUCUCUACCUCAGGGUCCCAGAAGCAGCGAAUCAGGAAGAGAACUAAAGUCCUGUCUAUAGCACGAAAAAUCCUGCGCAUUAGAAAGGAGCCUCCCACCCUGGUGGCUAAGGAGCCCCCUCCCUCUCUGCUGGAGGCUGACCUCACAGAGUUUGACGUGCAGAACUCCCACCUGCCCUCUGAGGUGCUCUACAUGCUCAAGAACGUCAGGGUCCUGGGCCACUUUGAGAAGCCUCUGUUCCUGGAGCUGUGUCGUCACAUGGUGUUUGUGCAGCUCCAUGAGAUGGAGCCUCUCUUCCGUCCCGGGGACAUCGACGACAGCAUCUACGUGGUGCAAGAUGGCCGUCUGGAGCUCUGCAUACAUGAGAGUGAUGGGACAGAUGUGGUCGUGAAGGAGGUGUUGCCAGGAGACAGUGUCCACAGUCUGCUCAGUAUCCUGGAUGUCAUCACUGGUCACUCAGCCCCCUACAAGACUGUAUCUGCCAGAGCUGCAGCCCCUUCUACCAUACUGCGUCUUCCAGCUGCUGCCUUCCAGUGUGUGUUUGAGAAAUACCCAGAGACUCUGGUCCGCGUUAUCCAGAUCAUCAUGGUGCGCCUGCAGAGAGUGACCUUCCUAGCACUUCACAACUACCUAGGUCUCACCACCGAGCUCUUCAAUGCGGAGAGCCAGGCAGUCCCCUUGGUGGCAGUGCACAGUGUGAUAGGUGAAGCCAACCCAAACAGGGGUCUACACAGACAGCACUCCCGGUCUGAAGAGGCUGGGCCUGAGAGAGGGGGUUCUCAUAGACAGACUCAGUCUGAAGAGUCUGGCCAUGAGAAGGGGCCCAGUGACACAGAGAAUGGGGAGAGGAAGUCCUGUCUUUUAGAUAGCAGCCCAACCACUAAAGGAAAGAGGUCUCGCUCUCAGUCCACUCCUAUGGCAGUGUCAAGUGUCACGUCUGCUGACCUCAACAUGACGUAUCAGCGAGCCAGAAUACGAGAAGCAGCAGCUAAAGAAGAGACACCACCAGCAAGUCCCCAGGUCCCACACAAGUCCAUUCUGAAGAAGAGUGUGACUAUGCUGCAUACUCCCUCUGCUGUGUAUCACUACCGUGAGGCUGGAGAAAGUCAGUCAGCCCACAUCCACCACAGCAAGAUCAACACCAUCUUCCAGGCUGCCAAGAAGGACCUGCAGCGUCUCAUACAACUACAGGACCUCAGUCUGUUGGAGGGCAGAGUGACUCUGCGUCAGGUCAAAGCUGGCUGUGUGGUGAACAGCCAGGGGGACCAGGAUGUGAGUGUGCAGUUUGUGAUCUCGGGGGCGCUCCAUGUGUACCAGAGGAGGAUCGACCGUGAGGAGGACACCCUGCUGUUUCUCACCCACCCGGGGGAGAUGGUGGGUCAUCUGGCCGUGCUGACCGGUGAACCCCUCAUCUUCAGCGUCCGAGCACACAGGGACUGCACCUUCCUGUCUAUCUCUAAAGCUGCCUUCUAUGAGAUCAUGCGCGAGGAGCCCAGGGUGGUGCUGAAUGUGGCUCACACCGUGGUGAAGAGAGUAUCCUCCUUCGUCAGGCAGAUAGACUUUGCUCUGGACUGGAUGGCUCUGGAGGCCGGCCGCGCUGUCUACAGGCAGGGAGACAAGUCAGACAGCACCUUCAUCGUCCUCAGUGGCCGCCUACGUUCUGUCAUCGCAAAGGAUGAUGGGAAGAAGGCGUUGACUGGGGAGUAUGGUCGCGGUGACCUCAUUGGGGUGGUGGAGGCCCUGACCCAUAUGAACCGAGCCACUACAGUACACGCAGUCAGGGACUCUGAGCUAGCCAAGCUGCCUGAAGGGGCCCUCAGCUCCAUCAAGAGGAGGUAUCCACAGGUAGUGACCAGACUCAUCCAUCUGCUGGGUCAGAAAAUCCUGGGAAAUAUGCAGCAGGUUAACGGACCCUUGGCAGCUAGUGGCCUGUUCCUACACACCCCCAGCAGUAAGUGGGAUUCAGGGAACCCUGCCUCUAACCUGUCCACUGUGACCAUCCUGCCUGUAUCAUUGGAGGUACCUUUAACAGCCUUCACACUGGAGCUGCAACAUGCACUCAGUGCCAUUGGUCCAACCUUACUAUUGACCAGUGACAUCAUCAAACAGAGACUGGGUGCUGCUGCACUUGACAGUGUGCAUGAGUACCGUCUGUCCAGUUGGCUGGGGCAGCAGGAGGACAUCCACCGCAUCGUUCUCUACCAAUCAGACGAUACCCUAACCCCCUGGACCCAGCGCUGCAUCCGCCAGGCCGACUGCAUCAUCAUUGUGGGACUAGGAGAGGCUGAGCCCACUGUGGGCGAGUUGGAGCGGAUGCUGGAGGGCAGUGCUGUGCGGGCACAGAAGCAGCUGGUUCUGCUGCACAGGGAGGAUGGUCCCCCGCCCCAGGGCACUGUUGACUGGCUCAACAUGAGGAGCUGGAUCUCCAAACACCUGCAUCUCUCCUGUCCACACAGGGUCUUCUCCAAGAGGAGCCUGCCUAAACUGAGAGAGAUGUACGAGCGUGCUUUCCAGAAGCCUCCGGACCGCCACUCUGACUUCAGCCGUCUGGCCAGAGUACUGACAGGCAACACCAUCGCCCUGGUGCUAGGGGGAGGGGGUGCUAGGGGCUGUUCUCAAGUUGGCAUCCUGCGGGCGAUCAAUGAGGCAGGAAUCCCUGUGGACAUGGUGGGUGGAACCUCCAUCGGCUCCCUGAUGGGGGCGCUGUACGCUGAGGAGAAGAGCAGCAGCCGUAUGAGGGUUCGCGCUCGCGAGUGGGCCAUGGACACGGGGUCCAUCUUCAAGAAUGUGUUCGACCUGACGUACCCUGUGACCUCAAUGUUCUCUGGGGCUUCCUUCAACAACAGCAUAAGCUCUGUCUUUAAGGACAAACAGAUUGAGGACCUGUGGAUCCCUUACUUCAACGUCACAACGGAUAUCACUGCUUCAUCCAUGAGGGUUCACACUGACGGUUCCCUGUGGAGGUAUGUGCGUGCCAGCAUGUCACUGUCUGGGUACAUGCCUCCCCUCUGUGACCCCAAAGACGGACACUUACUCAUGGACGGUGGCUACAUCAAUAACCUACCUGCUGACGUAGCUCGCUCCAUGGGGGCCAAAGUAGUGAUUGCCAUCGACGUGGGCAGCCAGGACGAGACUAACCUCACCAACUAUGGCGACUCGCUGUCUGGCUGGUGGCUGCUAUGGAAACGCUUCAAUCCCCUGUCAGAGAAAGUCCAGGUCCUGAACAUGGCUGAGAUCCAGACCAGGUUGGCCUAUGUCUGCUGCGUUCGUCAGCUGGAGUUGGUUAAAGACAGCGAGUACUGCGAGUGCAUCCGUCCGCCCAUCGAUCACUAUGGCACCUUGGAGUUUGGCAAGUUCGACGAGAUCGCUGAGGUGGGCUUUCAGCAUGGUAAGACAGUGUUUGACAUGUGGAGUCGGAGUGGAGUUGUGGAUAAGAUGAUGAAAGACAGACAUCAAGAGGAAUUUCACAAGACCAAGAGCUGCAAUGUGGUCACAUGUCCCAAUGCCUCCUUCACUGACCUGGCAGAGAUUGUCUCUCGAAUUGAGCCUGUCAAACCAGUCCUGGUGGAAGAGUUAUCAGACGAUUACCAGACGGACUAUGAUGAUUACCAGACGGACUAUGAUGAGGAGGCCAGAGAAAGUGCUCUCUCCGACUUUGACAUGUCUAAUCCCAACAGUGGAGUGGAACACACAGAGGGGGAGGAGACUGCAGACACUACUGACACAGAUGAAGAGAUUCAGAUCAGGGUCCGACAUCACCUAACCAAACGGCCACCAAACCGCGUUGACAGUGUUGAUGAUGCAUAACAUCCAUCAAAUUCAUGAUGUACUGUUUCUCUGUCCAGUUGACAGUGGUCCUCAAUGCCAGUCUAGACAUUAUUAUUAUGUUAGGAUGUUUAUCAUUUUUCAGCUGUUAUGUUAAUUAAGGUUAGGUUGUAUUAUAAUCAAGGUCAUAACAUUUACAUUUCAUUCUUAAUACUUUUGGUUACAUGAAACUAUAUGAAGAGAUGUUUUACAAUGCAAUGUUUUACUCUUAUUUUUUUUUUGCUGCCAUGUGUGCCUUUCACAUUCAUGGUUGUAACAGAACAGCUCCUUUCUGAUUCAUCGAUUGAUAGUGAUUUAUUGUAGCCAGUACCAAUAAUGAAUUAAUGGAGCUGGAAGCCUGACCUGGGGGCAACUACAGUAUGAUAAAGGAAAUAUUCAAUCUUAUUAGAUUGGGUUGCAAAACAAUCAUAUCAUUCUUCUAGUAUUAACAUUAUACAUGGUAUUGUUGUUUUAGAGUGAAUGCAUUACUUUAAUUAUGUCGAAUAUGUAUUGUUAUUUACAUUGUUAGAAAGGACACUGAGUGCCAUAUUAUCAGGGAUGUGUGUGUGAUACCUAACGGUUUAUGUAUUUAUUUCUCCUUCCUUUCUUUAGAUUACUUUUCCUUAGCAGAGUAGAACAUUUUAGUCAGGGUUAUGGAACAUCUGUAGUGCACUACUAAGAAUAAAAGGUGGAAGAGUAGCAGAAAAUAGAUCAUACUUUGAUAUGAUUUUGCAAACACUAUGGUUUUGUCCUUUAUGACUUGAAAACGGAUGAUUUAACCCAUAAGAGUCUAAGCCGGGGAGGUUGUACUAAGCUGUAUGGAAUUGUUUUAAUGAGGUCAUACCAUCAUUUACAUAUUUGAUUUGGAAUUAUAAGACGCCUGGAAGUAUAAAAAAAUAAUUGUAGGGCUUACUGCCAUUAGCCCAUAUAGACACAUUGAAUAACAGAUUCACUACAUGGAACAGAUAGUACCGCAAAAAAUAAAAAGGAAGUUUGUUCUGAAGUGUCUGUCCAAUAUCUGAGAGAUAUACAGUAUAAGAAAGAUGUAAAAAAAUUAAUAAUAAUAAUAUGAAUAAACAUGUUUUCUAUGCCUGUAA